UGAACUAUACAAUUCUGUGAUUCUAUCAUACGAACAGAUUUCGGAAAUAUUUUUGAGUAUUUAAUAACAUUUUCUUUUCAUUUUUUAUAGAAGAUUGUGUAAACAAAUAAUAUGUCUAAACGUAGAAUAGAAGUGAUGGAUCCUUUUAUCAAAAAGAAAAGGGAAGAAAGAGGAAUACCGACUGGUACAACAGGAGGUUCAUCUUCUACAAGUGCACUAACAAACCCAUACACAGGACUUCCUUACACUCAAAAAUAUCAUGAACUGUUCCGAAAACGCAUUGGUUUACCCGUAUUUGAAUAUAAAGCAGAUUUUAUGAGGUUAUUAGCAGAACAUCAAUGUAUUGUAUUAGUUGGUGAGACUGGUUCUGGUAAAACUACACAAAUUCCUCAGUGGUGUGUUGAAUAUGCCAGGUCUGUGGGUACAAAAGGCGUCUCUUGUACACAACCAAGGAGGGUAGCAGCUAUGUCUGUUGCCCAGCGUGUAUCCGAAGAAAUGGAUGUUGCUUUAGGACAGGAAGUUGGUUAUAGCAUUCGUUUUGAAGAUAUGUCAUCUCCGAAGACUAUCUUGAAGUACAUGACCGACGGUAUGCUUCUGCGAGAAGGAAUGAGUGAUCCAAUGCUUGAGGGCUAUCAAUGCAUUCUUCUUGAUGAAGCUCACGAAAGAACUUUGGCUACAGACAUUCUCAUGGGAGUUCUUAAGGAGGUUAUUAAACAAAGAUCAGACUUGAAAUUAGUUAUUAUGUCUGCCACACUUGAUGCCGGAAAAUUCCAACAGUAUUUCGAUAACGCACCUCUCAUGACUGUACCCGGUAGAACACAUCCCGUCGAAAUCUUUUAUACGCCAGAACCAGAACGUGAUUACUUAGAAGCCGCUAUAAGGACUGUCAUUCAGAUCCACAUGUGUGAAGAGGUUCCUGGUGAUAUAUUGCUGUUCUUAACAGGUCAGGAAGAAAUUGAAGUGGCAUGCAAAAGAAUCAAAAGGGAAAUCGAUAAUCUAGGUCCAGAAGUGGGAGAACUCAAGUGCAUACCUUUAUACUCUACUCUUCCACCCAAUCUCCAACAGAGAAUUUUCGAAGAGGCACCUCCAAAUAAACCAAACGGGGCAAUUGGAAGGAAAGUGGUGGUGUCUACAAAUAUCGCCGAAACAUCUUUGACAAUUGAUGGAGUAGUGUUUGUCAUAGAUCCUGGAUUCGCCAAACAGAAAGUCUAUAAUCCCAGGAUUCGUGUAGAGUCAUUGCUUGUCUCUCCCAUCAGUAAAGCUUCAGCACAGCAAAGGGCCGGUCGUGCAGGUCGUACCCGUCCCGGAAAGUGCUUCAGACUCUACACGGAGAAGGCGUUCAAGAACGAGAUGCAGGACAACACCUAUCCCGAGAUCUUGAGGUCCAACCUCGGCUCGGUGGUGUUGCAGCUGAAGAAGCUGGGCAUAGACGAUCUGGUCCACUUCGAUUUCAUGGACCCCCCUGCCCCCGAAACGCUGAUGAGGGCGCUGGAACUGCUCAAUUACCUGGCCGCCCUCGACGACGACGGCAACCUCACCGACUUGGGGGCCGUAAUGGCGGAGUUCCCGCUGGAUCCCCAGCUGGCCAAGAUGCUGAUAGCCAGCUGUAACCACAACUGUUCCAACGAGAUUCUGUCGAUUACGGCCAUGUUGUCAGUCCCGCAGUGUUUCGUCAGACCAAACGAGGCCAAGAAGGCAGCAGACGACGCCAAAAUGAGGUUCGCCCACAUCGACGGUGAUCACCUGACUUUGCUGAACGUCUAUCAUGCCUUCAAACAGAGUAUGGAAGACCCCCAGUGGUGCUAUGACAAUUUCGUCAAUUACCGUUCCCUCAAAUCCGCCGAUAACGUACGACAACAGCUUUCUCGAAUAAUGGACCGCUUCAGUCUUAAAAGGACAUCUACAGAUUUCACCAGCAAAGACUAUUACAUUAACAUCAGGAAAGCUUUGGUCAACGGAUUUUUCAUGCAGGUAGCACAUUUGGAGAGGACUGGGCACUAUCUGACCAUCAAAGAUAACCAAAUAGUUCAAUUGCACCCGUCCACUUGCCUAGACCACAAACCCGAGUGGGUGAUAUAUAAUGAGUUUGUCCUCACCACAAAAAAUUACAUCAGGACAGUCACAGAUAUAAAACCGGACUGGUUAUUGAAGAUUGCUCCACAAUACUACGAUUUGAACAACUUCCCUCAAUGCGAAGCCAAACGACAAUUGGAGAUCAUACAACAGAGGAUGGAGUCAAAACAGUACCAACAGGGUUUUUAAUUGUUUAAUCAUUUAAGAUGAUUGUGAAUAAUUGCAUUGAAAUUUAGUUUUCAUUCCAUUUUUUGAAAGAUUCUUUCAAUUUUCUCCAGAAAAAAAAGUUUAUUCUACUGUAAUAUGAUUAUGAUUAAAUAAUUUGAAGUU